CAUACUUUCAAGCUACCUUAUACGCCAUCCAACUGUAAUAGUUUCGACGAUUGAUGCAAACAAGUUCUUUUUGGAGCAAGAAGGCUCCAAGUUUUGCAAGGCGUCCAAGCUGAAGUCUAUGAGAAACACAUUGGGGCCGCACCAAGUGAACCAGGCAAACGAUGACUUGCAUCGGAGAUUUUACAAGCUAAUUCUCGCACACAUGGUACCGGAAGUUGUCAAACAGAAGGUUCAGAAGUUUGAUGAGAGUGCGCGCAGAUGGCCUGUCCGAAGGUGUGCGCACUGUGAUGAAAAGUUCACAUUUCUUGAGAUCGCGAGCUUGGUUUGCGACGAGGGAGUUGGAUCCACAAAACUUAACAACACAGACAAUUUUGAAUGACAUCAGGGCAUUGACGAAAGGCAUCGUCAGUCUUCCAGUAAACGUACCAUUCUGUGUUUACAGGUAUGCAAUUAAGGUUUUUUAUUCCGAGCACUUUGUUUCAGGCUAUCUUACUUUAAAACGAUUAUUUGUCAAAGACAAAGAGAUUCAGAAACUCCGCAUGCUGAUUUGCUGCAAACUCUUCUGGACUCCAGAGAGGAUGGAGGGCCUCUGUCAACCGACGAGGUUGUUGAUAAUUGUAUUGCGUGCCUGUCAUGAAGUUUCUGCAUGAGAAUCCAAGUGUAUUUGAAGAUCUCAAGGAUGAGCACAUACGGAUAACGAAGAGAAAGUGACGGAGAUAAAAAUCUGACUUGGGAGGAUUGUCAUGACAUGCAUUUGACGUGGAUGGUUAUCCAGGAAUUAUCAAAUGUCCCUCCCGCCGUGAUCCGGGAGAUCGCAGAAGACGUUGUCUAUCAGGGCUACAGAUUUCCCAAGGGCUGGAAUAUGAUUCUAUUCAGCGCAACACAUCUAAACGAGAAGCACUUUCCAGAUCCUCAUAAGUUCGAUCCCAAGGUAUGUCUCAGGUUGCUCCCAAGCGCGGAAGCUAUACUCCAUUUGGAGCUGGGAGCCGGAGUUGUGCUGGGCGAGAGCUCUCGAAACUAGAGAUGCUCGUUUUCAUUCACAGGCUGGUCACAACUUACAAGUAAGCUUCCGUGUGUUUCUUCGUGUUCUUUAGAAAAUCUUUCUAUCACUUAAAUUUGAUAGAUGGGAGCCAAACGAGACAAGCAAAGAUGUGAGCUACCAUCGCAUCCAGUGCGUCUCUACAAGCUUUAGAAAUUCUAGAGUAUGGAUCGGACGGUCCUUAAUGUUUCGAAAUUGGACGGUGGAGAUUGUCCUCGUUACUGUGAAUCUAGCAAACGGCUGGGAUUUUCUCUCGUCAAAGAUUUAGGGCUUUUUGCUAGGAGCGCGAUGGACAGGGAGUGGGGGAGCAAGCCCGGGAGCGGUGGCGCGGCGUCGGCUCAGAAUGAGGCGAUCGAUAGGCGCGAGCGUCUCCGGCGCCUCGCCAUCGAGACGAUCGACCUGGGCAAGGACCCCUACUUCAUGCGCAAUCACUUGGGAAGCUACGAGUGUAAGCUUUGCUUGACGCUGCACAACAAUGAGGGGAACUACUUGGCACACACGCAAGGCAAGCGACACCAGACGAAUUUGGCCAAGCGCGCGGCUCGGGAUGCUAAAGAUCAGCCUAUUCAGCCAAUCGAGGACAAUGCCAAGCCACGGUACCGCUUGAUGUCCUCGUUUGAGCAGAAGCUGGAACCGAACGAAAAGGAGUGGCAGUAUCUCCUCUUCGCGGCCGAGCCUUACGAGAUUAUCGCCUUCAAGAUUCCGAGCACGGAGAUUGAUAAGUCGGCCAAUGACAAGUUUUUCUUUCAUUGGGAUCAAGACUCCAAGCAGUUCACGCUUCAGUUGUAUUUCAAGCCAAAGCCUCAGGUAGGACCAGCGCCACGGCCAGCAACAGGCUUCCCGCCGAGCGUACCGCCAGGACUACCACGGCCUCCUCCUCGGUGACUCCAAACAAGCAGUGCUCACACACGGGUAUGUUGCAAAAUGGUCCGGAAUAGUUUCUAGUCAAGAGAUUAGCCAGUCUUGUAACAAAACUAACUUGUAAGACUUCCAAGGAUUUGUUUCCAGAUGUUUCACCCAGUGAAUGACAAGCGGCGAGUGAUUUACUUA